CUCAGCUAGCUAUUGCACUCUCAGUUCAGCAAUGGCUGCAGCUGCAGGUAGAGUGGUAGCUCUCCUCGCCGUUUUGGUGGCGGCCGCCGUUCAUGGCGAGGCGGCGCCGUCGGUCGUCGUCGGCCUGGCAAAGUGCGCCGCCUGCACCAGGAAGAACAUGAAAGCUGAGGACGCUUUCAAGAGUCUCCGUGUAGCGAUCAAAUGCAGGAACGGCGCCGGCGGCGAGUACGAGACCAGGGCGGCCGGGGGGCUCGACGGCGCCGGCGCGUUCAGCGUGCCGCUCGCCGGCGACCUCCGCGGCGCCGACUGCGUGGCGCAGCUCCACAGCGCCGCCACCGACGCGCCGUGCCCCGGGCAGGAGCCGUCCAGGGUGAUGCCGCUGUCGGAGGGCACCUUCGUCGCCGUCGCCGGCAAGACCCACCACGCCUCGCCGGAGUGCGCGUCGGCGACCAUCUGCGAGCCCAUCAAGAAGCACUUCUUGGACCACUUCCACCACAAGGCCCCCGCCGCGCCGGCCAUCGUCAAGCCGGCGCCCAAGCCGCACCCCGACCCGCACCCUGAGCCGCAGCCACACCCGACGCCGACGCCGACGUACGGAUCAACGCCGAGCCCGUACCACCCGCCGGCGAAGAACUGAAGCCGUGUCACUCUCAUGCAUUAAUUAUGAAUUUUUUUAUCUGCUCUGCGAUAUUAUUAGCUUAAUUCCAUUGUGAUUUAUUAUUCUAAAUGUUGUUGAAGUAGCUCAUUAUUAAUAUCAUUAUCUAUUCGUAGAUUUUGAGUUAAUUCGAUCUUGGGACGAUAUAAAUUUAAGUUUGACAUUAGUUUGUGAGGUUUGAGUGGAUACAAUGUACUAGUAUGAGGUAGGUUCGUCUCAGGAUUCAGGAUUCGUCGUUUGCUUGU